AUGAAGACCUCAUUCUUCACCAUUGCUAUUGCCAUUCUCACCCUCUUCCUCUCCCUUUCUCUCUCCCAACGUUGCAACCUAAAAGACGAAAAAACCCUUCUCAAAAUCAAGAAAUCCCUCGGAAAUCCCUACCAAUUGGCCUCUUGGAACGGAGACUCCGACUGUUGUAGAUGGUAUUAUGUACAAUGCGAUCUCUACAACGACCGGAUCACCGCCCUCACCAUCUUCUCCGGCAACAUCUCUGGCCGAAUCCCUGACGCCCUCGGCAGCCUCUCUUUUCUCGAGACUUUAAUCUUCCGUAAACUCAGUAACCUCACCGGUCAAAUACCCUUCACAAUUACCAAACUCACCCGCCUCAAAAAUCUUACGGUCAGCUGGACCAAUCUCUCCGGUCCCAUCCCUUCCUUCCUUAGCCAACUCAAGAACUUAACAUUGCUCGAUUUGUCGUUCAAUAAUUUCAGUGGUGCUAUCCCGCCGGAGCUGGCUACACUACCAAAGCUCCAAACUCUUCACCUGGACAGAAAUAAAUUAACCGGCUCCAUCCCGGAAUCAUUUGGGACGUUCACCGGAAAAGGUCCAGCCGUUUACCUGUCUCAUAACCUGCUGAACGGAACCGUACCCAAGUCACUGGGUCGAGUCAACUUCACAUGGCUAGACUUGUCCAGAAACAGUCUACAGGGAGACUUAACGGUGUUUUUUGGGACUAACAAAACCAUUAAAGCAGCUGACUUUUCAAGGAACAUGUUCGAGUUUAACUUCUCGAAGAUAAUUCAGUUUCCGGCGAGCUUGUCUGCAUUGGAUUUGAAUCAUAAUAGGAUAUAUGGGAGUUUGCCGGAAACAUUGACGGGACUGAAUUUGCAGAAGUGGAACGUGAGUUACAAUAGACUGUGUGGUCAAAUUCCGGCCGGUGGCAAUUUGCAGAAAUAUGAUAACACGGCUUAUUUUCAUAACCGGUGCUUGUGUGGGUCUCCAUUGCCGGCAUGCUACUAA